AUGGAUCGACAGCUUGAUUGGAUAAUUUCUCCGCCCAAUGAUCCUGCUCUCCCGGAGCACCCUCCUUGUGCCACUCGACUUCCGCAGUUCAGCUCACAAUUCCACAACGAUGUCGUGCAUACUACUGAUGGCUCCUCCCGCCUUGACACAGCUUUGGCUCAAAGCCUCGAAUGCACCAACCAGGCCACAGAUGAAAAGGAAACAAAAUUUCCUUCCGCCGUUUGGUCAGACGGUUCCGAGCUGGCUGGUCUGACGACACCGGAAAGCAUGUGGCUGAGCCUGUCGGAGGGCCAAAAUGACCAUGAAAACUUACCGUCGGACGAUAUUCUUGGACAGCUGACGGAUCUUCAAGCGAGGCCGUCCUCCGUCCAAAAUUUCGCGCGCGUGCUGGGAAGCUAUAUCGGCUCGAUGUCAUCGUCACACCCACGUUUUGACCUUUCCGGAGACGACGUGCAUGAGCAGACAGCUGAGCCACAGCCAUGGCAUAAUGGCGGUCCAUUGGCGUCGUUCUUCCCUUCAGGAAUUCCGUCGAAUACAGGUCAGGAUCCUCUACAACAGUGGCUUGACGAAUCCAACUCGGCAGAUCUUUUCACACUCAAUGACGAUGGUGCCCUAUGGAUAUGGGGAGAGAAGCAGGAGGUACAGUUGCCAUUGAACGAUAUGGAGGAUACAGGCUCGUCGGAGACGUCGGCGAUGAAGAAUGAGGUUUCGAGCGAUGGCCAUAGGUCGCAACGGACAGGCAUCACUUCCGUCAUAUGA